AUGAAUUGCUUCGUUUUAUUUGUCAUAGUAGUUGCUUUGGUAACUAUUUUAGACCAGUGUAAACAAAUUCCCAAAUUUUAUGCAAGGAAAUUUGCCCAUAUGCUUUGUGGGUUACUUAUUUUGAUGUUCGACGUAAGUAUUAAUGGAUAUAGGAGAGGUUUGCCACAUAAUAUAAGGAACAUUAUACAAACAGAUUACAGGGUUUAUUUUAUUUACCUUAUAGCAAUAACGUCAAUAUUGCGCUGUUUUUUUUAUCCAUUUAGAUUUGGUGUAUAUAAAGAUAAAGGAAUCAUAGUUUACAAUGUUAUCGUAUCUAUUUUUUUCUUUUUUAAACUCCCCUUGUAUGUUUUAACACCAAUAUUUUUUGCGGAUCCAAUGGCGGCAAUAGUAGGAAGACAAUUCCCAAAUUAUGCCAUUUAUAAAAAGAAAACGCUUCAUGGAACGUUGACGUGUUUUUUUGUUUCCCUUGUGACAUUGUUCUAUGUCGGUAAUUAUUGGCAUAUUUUAAUUUUAAGUUUAUCACUAAGCUUUUUAGAAUUAUUCGGAGGGAGUUUUGAUAACUUAUUAAUGUGCUUUCCAAUUUUUAUUUAUAUGACAUUUUUUAAAGUUUAA